UCUAGACUCCCAGUGCCACUCCCAUGCUGUCAGCCCUAGAUCUGCUCUUUGUGCAUUAUCCACGGUGAUUGCAAUAACUUCAAUAUUCUUGUGCAACCUGAUGACAGUAAAGGCUACAGGAUUUCUGGCAUCCUCGACUUCGGGGACAUUGAACAGUGGCUACUACAUCUAUGAGCUGGCCAUCACCAUGAUGCACAUGAUGACAGUUUACCCCAAUCCCAUCGAGUAAUGGCAGCCCAGCAUGUCAAACCUAACUUCAGCCAGCCUCAGGUGGAUCAGGUGGUGAAAAGGCUCUUCAGGCUAACUCCAUCAGAAAUCCGCUCACUGCCGAGCUAUAAUGACCAGAACUUUUAUGUGGCAGCUGUCAAAGGUGGCGAGUUCGUCUUCAAGAUCAUGAACUCAGAGGACAGUAAGAACUCCAAUCUGAUCGAGAUGCAGACAUAUGCUAUGUCCUUCCUGCAGCAGAACGGACUUCCUGCCCAAACAGCGCUGCCCACCUCCUCAGGACAGCUCACGAGCCUUGAGGAAAUUGAUUGCGGCUAUGGCUGUCAGAAGUACCUGGUGCGCCUGUUGACUUACCUACCUGGAAUAACUAUUUCUAAGGCUCCUUUAACACCUCAGUUACUGUAUGAAACAGGCAAGACAGCAGCCAGAAUGGACCAAAUCCUACAGAAGAUGGAGCACCCUCAUCUUGAAGUGCUGCAGAGAGAGAAUUUCACCUGGAGUCUGUCAAAUAUUCCCCUCUUGAGAGAAUACAUCCAUGUGUUGGAUGGAGAUCCUCUACAGGAAGUUGUGAACUCUAUCAUUCAUCAGUUUACCGCUGUGGUUCCCAAAUGCUCCAAUUUCCGCAAGUGCAUUAUCCAUGGUGACUUCAAUGACCUCAAUAUUCUUGUGCAACCUGAUGACAGUAACGGAUACAGGAUCUCUGGCAUCCUUGACUUCGGGGACAUGAACAGUGGCUAUUACAUCUGUGAGCUGGCCAUCACCAUCACGCACAUGAUGACAGAACACCCUAAUCCCAUUGAGGUGGGUGGACCCAUCCUGGCGGGCUGGGAAAGUGUCCUUCCCUUGAACGAGGUGGAGAAAGACUGCCUCUAUUUGCUGGUGCUGUGCCGUUUAUGCCAGUUGUUAGUUUUAACUCGCAACUCUAUGAUGUCAUACCCAGAAAAUGAAGAGUAUCUGAUGAAUGUUUCCAAAGGAGGUGAUAAGACUCUCCAACAACUGUGGGAGCUGGGAAAGGUGCAGGUGGAGAGGGUGUGGUUUAAGAGCGCUGCUCAGUACAAUGGUGGAAAGUGAUAUAAGCCAUUUACAAAACAGGGUAUUUUGUGCCCUAGUAAGUGACAAUAUUACAUUGAUAAGGCAUGUUUGUUGUAUCUAUAAUGUCACGUUUGUCUUUUUACUGUUUACUGUUACUGAGAUUUACAUCUAACAUAAUGUAACCUACCAAUGCUUUUUAUUUCCUCUAAAACUUCUUAUUCCUUGUAAAGAAAAUUACUCGACUCUUGCAUCAUAUACUGUAUGUCUUACUGUAUGUAUUUUUUAUGAACCAUACUUCUGUGUAGGCUUAUGUUCUAAUUUGAUGCGACCUUAACUUCCUUUGUGUGUUAAAUGACUUGUUUGGGUCCAAAUAUGAACCA